GUGAAACAUCCGUGGCGAGUCCGCCUCUCAAGAAAUAUUUCGGCGAUCCUAGAAAGUGGCGGUUGGGGCGGCCGGGCCGUGACCCGGAAGGGAUCGGCUGAGGCGGGGAAAUUUUGAACGAAAUGUGGCCCGAAAAUCGGGACAAAGAUCGAGGGUGAAUGUUCGUCCCUUUGGGAAAGGAGAAAAAAACCCGUACACCGUGAAAUUUCUGGGAGGAGCCUCCCUGGCGAAGAAGCGGGGAGCCGUUGAAGAAAGAAACGAGUCAAAAUGGCGGACGAUCAGCAGAAAGGGCUGAACUUAAAAGGGAGCUUUAAAAGGAAAAUAGAACUUCUCCGGACUGAAGAGGACAACUUCCUAAGAAAAAACAAAAUGUCUCCUAAGUCGAAAAAGCUUUUUAACAUAAUUAUGUUAGGAGUUGCUUUUAUGUUUAUGUUUACUGCCUUCCAAACGUGUGGAAAUGUUGCGCAAACUGUUAUCACGAAUUUAAACAACACAAAUUUUCAUGGCAGUGGCUAUACCAGCAUGGCCAUUAUUUAUGGGGUGUUCUCUGCAUCAAAUCUUAUUUCACCGUCAGUGGUUGCUGUAGUGGGACCUCAAUUAUCCAUGUUUGUUAGCGGUCUAUUUUACAGCAUAUACAUUGCGGUUUUUAUCCAGCCUUUCACAUGGUCCUUCUACACUGCUUCUGUUUUCAUUGGGAUAGCAGCUGCUGUAAUGUGGACUGCACAGGGAAAUUGCCUGACAAUAAAUUCAGAUGAAAACACUAUUGGAAGAAACAGUGGAAUCUUCUGGGCACUUUUACAGUCCAGCUUGUUUUUUGGAAAUCUUUAUAUAUACUUUGCUUGGCGUGGGAAAACUCACAUAUCAGAGAGUGAUCGCAGGACUGUCUUCAUCGCUCUAACCAUCCUCAGUCUCGUGGGCACAUUUCUGUUCUUUCUGAUUAGGAAACCAGAGGAGUCAAACACACUGGAGGAGGAAGUCUCCUCCACUGACGAAAGCAUUGUAGACAACUCGUCUGUCCAAAGCAAAGCGACGAGGGCAGUGGAUGCAUUUAAGAGAUCUAUUAAGCUAUACUUCACCAAAGAGAUUUUGCUCCUUAGUGUUACAACGGCUUAUACAGGUCUGGAAUUAACAUUCUUUUCUGGAGUAUAUGGGACCUGUAUUGGUGCUGUGAAUAGAUUUGGCACUGAAGAGAAAAGUCUUAUUGGACUCUCUGGUAUUUUUAUUGGCAUUGGAGAAAUUUUAGGUGGAGGAUUCUUUGGAUUAGUGAACAAAGAUAAUCGCUUUGGCAGGAACCCGGUUGUGAUGUUUGGCAUUGUGGUCCAUUUUGUAGCCUUUUAUUUAAUUUUUUACAACAUACCAAAUGAUGCCCCCAUUGCUUCCUUCGAAGGAACAGAUAAUAGAGCUUAUAUGAAUCCAAGCAAAGAGUUGGCCAUUUUUUGCAGCUUUCUGUUGGGACUAGGAGACAGCUGCUUUAACACCCAACUCCUCAGUAUUUUGGGGUUCCUUUAUUCAGAAGACAGUGCACCUGCCUUCGCUGUCUUCAAGUUUGUCCAGUCCAUUUGUGCUGCAGUCGCAUUUUUCUACAGCAACUACCUUCUUCUUCAGUGGCAGCUCCUGAUCAUGGCAGUGGUUGGAUUCUUUGGAACAAUCUCCUUCUUUACCGUGGAGUGGGAAGCAGCAGCAUUUGUCGCCCGUGGCUCUGACUACAGGAGCAUUUGAUCCAGGUGCUCCAUCAGCCUGAUGUGAGGAGAUGCAUAGAAACAUAUUUAUUGAAAUGACUUGAGAAGGUGAAAAGAUAAUAUCACAGAGGCCAGGAUGAAGGAAGCCUCUGAUAAAGCCCUUUCAGUGUAACUGAUAGGAACAGUCAUAAUGAAACAUAGAAAAACAAAAUGCCAAAAUGAAAAGGCUCUCUUUCUUAUUUUUAUCGAUGUUGAUGUGCAGGGUCACAAAAAUUGCGUAUGAGAAAAUGGAAGGAAAACUGGGGAUCUGUGCAUUGAACAAUUUUAUUCAGAUAUACCCCUUUGCUGAGUGCCUAUUUCUCUUAAUUUCUCUCUUUGUGAUCAUGUAGUAUAGAAAUUCUACUUUCAGUCUUCUCAAAUAGUUUUAUUUUUACUUAGAUCCAAGCUCUGCAGACUUGUCUUGUAAAAAUUCCUUCUGUGUAUGAGUGAUAUUUUUAAAAUAAGAUACAGUGUGCUACAGCAUGUCUACAUAUCUGAGAAACCAAUCAAACCCAUGGACUUCUGUGGCAAUAGAGGUGUUCUCAUUGGAACAUUUUGUGAUGCUGUGCCUCUCCAUCCCUUGGUUCCUAAGUCUAUAACAUUGUUGAUACCCUAUUUUAUAGCUUAAAAUUUUAUCUAGGCUCAGUUUUAAAAAAAGAGAGAUCUUAAGUAUUAUGGGCUGACGUGAAGUAUAUUAGAAAAAUUUGGACAAGAUUUUCUUUAUUUUAAGCUUAUCAGAAGGCUAAGUAAAGGCCAAGAUGAUUAAGGGCCUGAACCAGAGAAGUGUGGAACAACUGAAUCCCCAUUUAUAUUAACAGAUAUUGAGUGCUCAGCACCUCUCAGGAUCAGGCUGUAGAUUAGGUUGGCUGCCAGAACGUUCUCCAGGAAAAGGAAUCAUAGAGACAUGGCUCUCAGCCUACAAACACUGAGUUCACUGGCACUACUCAUGCUUAAAGUUACUCAGGUGUACAAGUAUUUACAAGAUCAGGGCUUAGAUUAGUUAGAUGUACAUGUUAGUAAUGGCAUCUUGUGAUGGGCACAUUUUCCCAUUUACCUCUUUAAAGCAUGGUUAGAGGGGAAAGUGGACUGUAAAAAUUGUCUCUUGUUACUGCACAUACAGUGUCUGCUUUAUGUGCAUCGUCUAAGUAAUAUCUGAAUAGCUGAUUAACAAACACAUUUUAUUACUCAAUAGAACAUAGGAAGAACAUGCAAUAAUUUAUUCUGCAUCAUCAAAAAAAACCUAGCAGCUAAGUUUUGGAUGCAGAAUUAUUAUAAUUGGUGAUAAUGUAUGCACCAGAUACAACGCACCUAGAUUUCAUUUACCUAGUUGAACUUGCAGUGCUGGCAGUUAGGUUUUGACUAGUAAGCAAAUUGAUCUGAAGCAACUGAGAAUAAAUGUGAACACCGACAUGGAAACUCUUUAGAAACACCUUAUUAGAAACUUUCUUGGUUCGAUUUUUAGCAAAGUACCAUCCUUUGUUAGACUGCAAACCUUUUGGUGAGCACAGUUGGUAUGUUGGCUUCUUGUAUUUAAAGAUGAUUAAGAAAGAUUUAAAUUAUGUUUAAGUUUCUCAUACUAUGUCAUAACUACUUAGGUGUGUAUGGAGGAGAAAUUUGGUAUUGAAUUAGGGGAACCCUGUGGCUUUCUGUAUCUCCGUGCCCCUCUCAAAAUGGUGAGUCACGUGAAAUCCUCAUGUGGCACAACCAAGUCUGUGCAUAGUAAAAUGGCACUGUACACAAAUUUAGGGGUAUUGGCUUUGGGUUCACUCCAGGUUUCUGCUGUGAGAUCAGAAAGAUGUUAAUGAGAGAAUUAUUGAAACCCCAAAUACUUAGCUGGGAAGUGGAUAGGUGAGGGAAACGAAAGGAAACCUUAUUGGUCAGCAGGAGUUUCACUGAAUAAAGUGUAAAAGGGAAUGAGAUGGAGAAGAUGAAGAAAGAGGAGAAGAGCUAAUAUAACAAUUAUACUUUGUCAGUCAAACUAAAGGGGAAAUUCAGGGCAUGGAACCAAAUUGAAUCAAUGCAUAUGAUGUUGCUGGCUGCACAUUAGUGCCUCCCAUCCACUUCUUUUAUUCAGUAAUUUCAAAUAUAAUAUUUUUAUGUACCAUUCAUGAUGGGAAAAAAAGUAAAGACAUUAGGAAAUCCUUCAGUGAUUAGGUAUUUUCCUACUGCAUUCUUUUUUAUAUUUUCUUCAAAGUACCAAAAGGCAUAAAGAACUUUAAUUAAGAAAUAAAAUAUCAAUCUUCAUACUAUUCUGUUCUCAACACAAGUGAGAGAAGAUUUUAAUUGCUACAAGAUCACAAGGAACAAUUUGGUUUGGUAAUAGGUGAGUGAACAAAUUUGUGCUUACGGUGAUGAGUACCUUGCAAAUGCAUUAAAAAUAAUACAAUUUUGUUUUAGAAGGUAAUGAUUCUGAUGAGAUUGUUUUUAGAAAUGGUGCUUUAUUAAUGGAUGUCUGUGUGCAGUGUUGUUCAUAUGGGAUAACAGAAGUAUGUAGAAUGCCUUAGUAAAAUCUGUAGGGAAAGAUUUUCAACUCUAAAUUUUCACAAUUUCAGCAAGUAUUUUGGACCUGAUUUUCAAAGGUGCUGAGUACCCGACCUCCCACUGCUGACAAUUAGAGUUGGGGGUUCUCAGCACCUCUGAACAUCCAGAGCCUUUGUCUUUUUCUAUUCUAUCUGGUUUGACUCAAAACCAGAUGAUGUAAGACACAAGGAAGGCUCAGAAUUACUUAUUAGGUUAUUAAGGUGAACUAAGUUUGCUUUUUUAAGCCAAGUUUGAUAAGAAAAUUACAAAAUUCUUCAAGCCACAUUAUGAAUAUCAAACAUUUUAAAAUUGCAUACCCUACAAAUGUAUGCAGUAUUGUUGUAGCCCUGUUGGUUCCAGGAUAUUAGAGACACAAGGUAGGUGAAGUAAUAUCUUUUACUGGACCAACUUCUGUCCGUGAAAGAGACAGAGCCUGACCUGAGGAAGAGCUCUGUGUAGUUUGGAAGCUUGUCUCUCUCUCUAUCAUGUUUUAAUUCCAAUUUUUAAGAAAAGUAGAAAAAAUCCCCUCAAUUAUUUAGGCAACUGUAUGAUAUAUAGCUACAUCUAAACUUGCAGACUUAUUCCUGUGGAAUGUCAGGACAUGAAAAAUACAUUCAGCUGCACAGGAUAAAGCACAUUAGUCAGCUGUUUUUGAUACAAUGAUCAGCAGUAAAUAGGUUAAUAAUGUUGACAUCUAAUUAUGCUCCCAUCUCUGUCAGCAUUUCUAAAGCUCCUAUCACCAUAUCUAAGCACCGGCAGUAAGAGCCAAUUGAGAUGAAUGGGAUAAAGUCACAUCUCUCUUGGUGCUUAAAUCAUUGCCCACUGAAUUCAAUUGUGAUCUUUCCAUUUUUUUCAGUGUGAAUUUGACCAGGGCCAGGCUUUUUGUGAAUUUGUUGUAGUCUGGUUUGCAUGCUCCAAAAUCACUGGUGCAUGGUUUAUAUUGGGAAAAUUAUCUCCAGAAGCAGAGCUAUAGAUUGAACUUGGUUAGCUGCGAGGAAAUAUAUUUGUUUGGUUUACCCUUUACUCUUAAUGCUGUAAUGGUUUCAACUUCCUAUGAUGUCACGUUGGGAGUCCUCCAAACAAAUGGCAAAAUCCUUUAGGAAGAAAGGAAUAUCAGUUUGGACUUCUAACUUUUUAAUAAAAAGAACAGGAGUACUUGUGGCACCUUAAAGACUAACAAAUUUAUUUUGGCAUGAGCU